UCACCAGCGUAACUGACACUGAUGGGAAUUUCACUGCUUAUGUACUGCUUAUAGUCGAGAAGUGGAUAUAGACAGAUAGAUAGAUAGAUAGAUAGAUAGAUAGAUAGAUAGAUAGAUAGAUAGACAGAUAGAUAGAUAUUCAUGUAAUGAAAAAAAUAAUACUCUACAAAGCUGAAAAAAUGCAAUAUAUAAAUAUGUGUGCAAGAUUUUAAAGGUAUUUAUUCACAAUAAACUAAAAUACUAACAUGCUGUAAUAAGUAACAUUCUUAAACAAUAAAUCAUUAAUACCUUUGCUGUACUUUUCAUUAUGAAGUGUGUGUGUGUGUGUGUGUGUGGAGGAGGAGUCUGUGGGCGUGUAUGUGUGUGUGUGUGUCUCUUUAUGAGCCACAACAUUUAAAUAAAAUUUUACUUGUUUCACAGUGCGGUCACUCUUGGUUUCUUUCUUGUUGCUCUGAAUGUUUCGCCUCAGGAAAUCCUUCUUCUGUUAAACAGAUUGAUUUGUGGAAUGUGUGCCAGCAUUUUUUUUUUCUUUCAUUUUUGGAUAUGAAUUUGUAAAUAUUGCUCUUUGAGGGAUACUACUUCUAAUCCUGUGACUACUGCAGUUUAGAGGAAAUCAUACAUUAUUCUAUUAAAAGAAGCCACCAUGAUGAUGCUGGAGGAAAUAGACCAGCUGAAGCAGUCUGGAUUCGGUCGGCCUCAGCCACGACAUGGUCUAAAGCUGCUGUACUGGUUUGCUACAGACUGUCUCACUCUUGAUCAAAACUAUGCUUUGAAGCUAUCCUGUUAUCCUGGGAAUGGAGAUUUUGGCUUCCACCUAUUUUUGAACAGAUAUGACAGAAAUGGUUGGAAACUUUUGCCUGAUGUGACAUUCAAUUACUAUGCUGUGGGCAAUCUGAGCAAACGAGGAGCGUAUAACUUGCCUCCUUAUGUCCGGGAACAUUAUAACAAAGACAUCAACAACAGCAACAAGGACCGCAUCAUAAUCAGCUCUAUAAACAUGUCAGUUUAUACGGUUUAUGUGACUGAGCACAGUGAUCAGUCAAAUUUCAACAAACGUGCCACUUACCAAAUCAGCACGCGCCUUAUUAUGAUAAUCAGGGGUCUGAGAUUAGAUGAAUUUCUUCAGAGAACCGGGUAUUCGAACCGUCCUUCCACAAUUGCUGUGAAGCCUUCUACAGACUGGAGUAACUCACAAGCCCAAUAUCAGGCACCAUCAACAACCUUCAACAGCACUUCAUCAACUUCCAGCACAUCAGCCCUCAUGACUUCAAGAAACCAAGACAUUGAUAUUGAAGCAGCCCGUGGUGACAAACCAAACCCUCGUGAAGAGAGACGUUGCUACUGUACCAUACUUUAGACAAAAGCUGGGGGCCAUGUUAGCUAAAAUCACACAAUAUCACUGACUGCACUAAUAUAACCAAAUAUGUUUCAUUAAUAAUAUGUGCCUUAUUUAUUUUAUAUGGUUUAUUCUGGUAUUUUCAGAGUUUUGCAUUUAGAGUAUUGUCAUAUUAAGAAUAAAUUAAUUUGAAUUUGUUUCCUCAUGAUAAACUUGUGAUUUCUGGAUCCUGAUCUUCUGUCCUUACUUCUGGUUUUCUCCUGUCUUAGUUUUAGGCAUUAUCUAUAUGCCCUUGCACAUAUCCUCUUGUACACACACAUCAUUAUAAAAAUCAUUCCAGCAUUGUAUUGUCUUUGCACAUAAAACAAACAAUAUCUUUUAUUAUAACUUUGCUCUUGGUCUUUUGAUUCUUCGGUCAUCUUAAUGCUGAUGAAUCGGCAGUGUUUGAUGGUUAUCCAGAAAGACUUACGACAGAAUAUUUGUGACUCCAGUGGGGACAAUGAUGUUCUCCAUCCAUGCCAAAUGACAUCUAUCUGAUCAUCCUGUCAAAGAACUUCAAAGGCAAAGAUCCUGUCAAAGGCACAAUGGGUUUGAUGAUAAGAAUGAGUUAGUUCUGUUUUAGACGGUACGGUGAUGAGUAAUCGGGAUGUGUUGGAGAGUUUUCCCUCAUCAGUUUAGGAACCUUUUGCUGAUAACGAUGGUUUUGAGGGUGAGUAUUAUGACCAAAUCAACUCGCAAUGAUUAUGGCAAAGGGGAAGUAGUCGCUUAGUGAUUAAGGCAUUGAACUACUGAUCAGAAGGUUGUAAGUUAAAAUCCCAUGUCCAUCAAGCCGCCAUUGCUGGGCCUCACUUGCUCAGUUGCAUAAAAUGAGAUAAAUUGUAAGCUGCUCUGGAUAAGAGCAUCUACCAAAUGCCAGAAAUGUUCUGCUAAUGUUCUGCAAAGCGAUGACAAAGUUGACAGCCAUGGACAGAGCCACUUGGGAACUUUCACAUCAUCACAGAUCUGCCAUUUCAUCUGUCAGCAAAGAACUAGUGUCUAUAAUGACCUUAGAAACUACACUGACCUAAUAGUUCCUCAUGGGCCAUUGAUUGCUGUUGGACAUUAAUCAGUUACAUUAUUUACUGUUUAGUAGAGCUGGGUGAUUAAUCGUUAUUAUCGAUUAAUUCGAAUUUAUGGUUUAUGUCGAUGUUGAAAAAACGGAAAUUGAUUUUCCGAUUUCACUUUGGUUCUGCGACGCAAAGAGCUUGUUUCUAAGAGAGAUGCAGUUUCUUCAGUCGGAUUGAAGAACGCGCUGAAAGACGGGGAAGAGCCGAAAGUCUGCCGCCGUUUUCAUAUGAAAUUUAAAGGGGACUGAAGCGAUCACGAAUUUGUGUAGAGUUUAUGGAGGAUUGCAGAAUUCUUGGGGUGGCUGAAUAGAAAUGUUAAAAAUGGCCUAGCGAUGAAAACGGCGGCAGACUUCGGCUCCUCCCCGUCUUUCAGCGUGUUCUUCAUUCUGACUGAAGAGACCGCGGCGUCGCAGCGCGAGGAUCAGAGGACAAGUGUGUGUGUGUGUGUGUGUGUGUGUGAUCAGGAAGACUCGUAUCUGGCUUGUUCAGUACUCAAAUGUUAUAAAACACAUCUAUGCAAUACAGUGGAAUGCUGCAAUAAGUUUACCAUCCUACCCUGUUAGUCAAACCUUUAUUGUAUUUCAUUUAUUUAUUUAUAUUUUUUUACUAUUAUACCCUCAUUGGGGGCGGAGUCCCCCUUAAAUGAAAAUCCUAGACUCGCCCCUGAUUGUGCCCAUAAACACAGAUGUAAAAUGCUGUCUGGCUCCUGUUUGAUUUUAUUUAGUGUGUUAGUUGCGUGUUGGUUUUAUUUAGCGUGUUAGUUGGGUGUUGGUUUUAUUUAGCGUGUUAGUUGCGUGUUGGUUUUAUUUAGCGUGUUAGUUGCGUGUUGGUUUUAUUCAGCGUGUUAGUUGCGUGUUGGUUUUAUUUAGC